AGAGCAAUUUCGCGCGCGCACAUUUCCAAGGAGAGCCGCCAAUUCUCCACUGAAUUCCGCUAAAAAUCAGUGAACUAUCGCGAAACUCUGAUAAGAUAAUCUCUGUGGCGUGCAGUAUAAAAGAACGACAAUCGAUUCGCCAGCUUAGUUGUGACUUUGAAACUCUAAAAGUGGUUCGUGUUGUGCGUGAGAAUGACUCCUCCGGAAAUCAUGUGUCCACCUCCACCGCCGCCGCCCAAUCACUGCCCGAAGGCCCAGACAAACGGACAGACGGAUACCGGAAGGGUGGACUUGCUGCAGGCGAUUCGCCAAGGAACGACGCUAAAGAAGACUCCAAUGGAAAAUCUCCCAUGCAAUCAGAGCGGUGUUAAUGGAACAGCGGAAAAAGUGAAUGGUGUUACCAAUGGGAGUUUCACAGAAGAGCCACCAAAAAUGAUAAAAGGCAUGGACAGAGUUCAGGAGGAGCUUUGCCAGCACUUUAUCGCCAAGGAGAAUGGCACACUGAAGAAGAAGCCAGCGGCAAUGCAACCAAUUGUAAAGCGAUUACUCACCGAGAAGCCCACAGAUUCCGCCCGGAAGGAAGACUCUGAGAGAUUGAUGAUCAACCAUGGCAAGAGGAACUUUGUGUUGCCCAGGAAAACGAAUGGCAUGCCUGAAAAGACAGAGGAAAAACCUAAGAAGGAUGAUGAGAUUCCAGUGAGUGACAAACCUGAGAGUUUGGACAUUCCAGAUUUUGCUCCAGACAGCAAAGCACCCCCGAAAACACCUGAAAAGAAGAUAACAACGUUAGAAGUGAAGAUUGAUAAGAAACCACCAGUCAAUCUCGUACCUCUUCAGAUGCCCAGGAAAAGUCCUGAGCGCACAACUUCACCAGAUAUCACAAAGAUCAUCAGAACACCCACAACGCCACAGAGUCCGUCGCAGUUUAAACUGAAGAUGAACCACGGGAAGCCCAAUUACACGCUCCCGUCGAGAGUGAAAACAGCCAAGAGUGACUCGCGGACGAUUCCACUCGAAUUCCUGGCCGUGAAGCUACGAGAGACGCCAAACAGUCCGCUUUUGGAGCUGCAACAAGUGCCGCCAGAGGCUGAAACUCCCCCCACUGGCGACUUUCCACCCUUCAGAUCCGCCACGAUGGGCCGAAAGCGAGACAAUCCACCGCCCAGUCCACUCGUUCCGGCCGCGCCCACGUACGACGCGCCCAAAUACAACCAGAAACUCGUGGUGUCCUUCGCCAUGGACCUAGCAGCCACGCCAAAUCGCUAUCCGGACCACGUGAAAGCGCCCCCCGCGACAGAAUGCCCAGCAGUGUCUGACGAAGUCGCUCAGCUGCGCCAGAAGAAGUUCACAAUCGAUCCCAGUCGCCUAAGUGUUCGUGAAGUGUAAUAUUUUG